GUUUCUGUCUGAUAACAGUAUCUGGCCAAGAAACUGCAAGAGCACAGCCAGGUAAUAAAGCCAUCCCGGGACGUCUGUGGAGCGUCCUCUAUAUUUAAUUGUAUUGUUUGUUUUCACAACAAAUAACAGAAAUGCAAUAAAUAAAUGUAUCACACAGUUACUUACCUUAGCUUGUGGCCAUUUCUGAGAUUUUGUAACAAGGUAUCCACUAAACUAUAAACUGGUGGCACGUGACCACUUAAAUAGCUGACUUGGGAGUUAUUCCAGUAUGGUGGUUUUGGUGUGAGACACUGCCAGCAAAUAGCGGACAGUUGACCGUUAAGCUCUUUUUAAGAUAAAAUCUUCAAUCGAUUUAUUUUACCCUCAACUUUGCAAUUAUUUCCAACCACAUUAUAACAAAUACAAUAAAAUAUAUUAUUUGGCAAUAAUUCUAUUUUCUUUAUUAUUUUAUUCCAAUGCAGAUGCCUUUUGUGAGCCCAAUAAGAUGUUUUACCCAUGCAAGCCGUGCCCCAAGAGCUGUGAUAAAGUGGAAAUCCCCUGCUUGAAGCUAUGCCAGCCUGAAUGUUAUUGCAAACCUGGCUACGUCCUGACAUCAUCAACUUCCAACACGUGUGUCCCUGAGACGCAGUGCACCUCCUGCGGCCUUAACGGGAAGUUCGAUGAUUGCAAUGCCCACUGCCAAGCCACCUGUGAAAAUUACUUGCAAGCAAACCGGGCCUGUCCCAUGAUGUGUGUCCCGGGCUGUGUGUGUGAACAGGGGUACGUCAAAUACAAUAAUGAGUGCAUCCGCCCCGAAUCAUGCCCAAAGAGGGGCCGCUUCUUUAAUCCAUUACUGAUUCAACUACUGGCUGGAAGAUACAACGUCACACAGUGA